GCUCCCGUAGCUGCUCCUCCGUGUUCCGUCAGCCACUCACUCAGCCACCCCAACCAACUGCGCCACAAACCCGCUGCAGCUCCCUGAACCACGAAGCGCAGCCCGUGUCUCCAGCCGGCGGCCAGGAGGAACCAGCGGCAGGAGGGUGACGGCGCUCCGGGCCCAGUGACCAGCCCGACGGCUUCGGGUUAGCUUCAGGUUAGCUUCAGGUUAGCUUCAGGCUCCACAGGGCGGCUGCUCGCUGCUAGCUGCUAGCUGCUAGCUGUUAGCUUAGCUAGCCGACGUGUUGACCGGACCUGCCGCCGAGCCUCCGGCCGGGAGCAGCCGACCCGGGAGGCGCUGCUCCGGCUGCUGUUCCGACACCGCGCAGGCCACAGACCAUGUAAUGUUGUGAGCUGGUAGCUAAGCUAGCUAGCGGUGACUGUAGAGCACAAGGCCCGAGGAACAGCAGCGGGGUGUCAGCCGAGCUGCGCCCAGCUGUGGAUGAGCAGGAGCGGGGCACGGAGCUCCGGAGGAGGCCGGUCCGCCUGACACAGACCUGCCCGGCGAGCGCACAGCUUCCCCGGCAGACAUGCUAACCUAGAGCCGGCCUGUUAGCUGUGACCUGAUUUAGUUGAGAUAACAGGGUGACAGAACCUCCAACUAAAAUGUCUGAGAACCAGGGCAACGCCAACAACAACAACGUCCCGCUCAACAACAACAACAACAACAUGGGGGCGAACAGGAUCCGGAACCCCAACAUGAACCAGAACCCGCUGAUCAACGUCCGGGACCGGCUGUUCCACGCCCUGUUCUUCAAGAUGGCAGUGACCUACGCCCGGCUGUUCCCCCCCUCCUUCAGGAGGAUCUUCGAGUUCUUCGUCCUGCUCAAGGCGCUCUUCGUCCUCUUCAUCCUGGCGUACAUCCACAUCGCCUUCUCUCGCUCGCCCAUCAACUGUCUGGAGGUGGUGAGGGAGCGCUGGCCUCGCGACGGCAUCCUGCGGGUGGAGAUCCAGAGGAACUCCAGCCGCGCUCCCAUCUUCCUGCAGUUCUACGACACCAGCAGCUUCCAGGUGGAGCUGGACGGAGCCGAGGGGGGAGGAGGAGGAGAGGGAGGAGGAAGAGGUGGAGGCGUGGCGGGGCUCAGCCUGGCGGCGCUGCAGCAGGAGGAAGAGGAGGAGGAGGAGGAGAUGACCCUGGAGAUGUAUGACAACAGCUCGGUGCAGAUUACAGAUAAUCUGCAACGCUGCCUCUGGUCUGUGCAGUUUGAGCUGGACAUCGAGCCUCGCCUGAAGCCGACUCUGAGCGGAGGAGGAGGAGCAGGAGGAGCAGGAGGAGGAGGAGUCAACGACAGCCAGGACGUCUCCUUCAGUCAGGCCGCUAAAGUCUGGCCUCAGGAGGAGUAUAUAGUGGAGUAUUCUCUGGAGUACGGCUUCCUCCGUCUGUCGCAGAGCACCCGGCAGCGGCUCAACAUCCCCGUCAUGGUCGUCACGCUGGAUCCAAUGAAGGACCAGUGUUUUGGUGACGGCUUCAGUCGCUUCCUGCUCGAUGAGUUUCUGGGCUACGACGACAUCCUGAUGUCCAGCGUGAAGGCUCUGGCCGAGAACGAGGAGAACAAAGGGUUCCUGAGGAACGUGGUCUCUGGAGAACACUACCGCUUCGUCAGCAUGUGGAUGGCCAGGACCUCGUACCUGGCGGCUUUCGUCAUCAUGGUCAUAUUUACGCUGUCGGUGUCCAUGCUGCUGAGAUACUCACACCACCAGAUCUUUGUCUUCAUCGUGGAUCUUCUGCAGAUGUUGGAGAUGAACAUGACCAUCGCCUUCCCAGCAGCCCCUCUGCUCACCGUCAUCCUGGCCCUCGUCGGAAUGGAGGCCAUCAUGUCCGAGUUCUUCAACGACACGACCACGGCCUUCUACAUCAUCCUCAUCGUCUGGUUGGCCGAUCAGUACGAUGCCAUCUGCUGCCACACCAACACCAGCAAACGCCACUGGCUGAGAUUCUUCUAUCUGUACCACUUUGCCUUCUACGCCUACCACUACCGCUUCAACGGCCAGUACAGCAGCUUGGCCCUGGUCACCUCCUGGCUCUUCAUCCAGCACUCCAUGAUCUAUUUCUUCCACCACUACGAGCUUCCUGCCAUCCUGCAGCAGAUCCGGAUCCAGGAGAUGCUGCUGCAGAACCAGCAGGCAGGUCAGGCCAACCAGACCGCCCUGCAGGACAACCUCAACAACAACAGCCCGCCCCCCGCCGCUCAGCCAGGCCCCGCCCCCGCCGCCGCCCCCGCCGCCACUCAGCCGAACCCACACACCGAGCCGCAAGCCACCGCCCCCUCCUCCUCCUCCUCGGCCGGGGCGGAGGUGCGCUCGGAGCUGGACUGGGUGGCCCAGACGGCGGCCAUCAUCACUGAGGCGCUGUCCUCCUCCGCCCAGCAGGGGGCGGCGGUGCUGGAGAGCACAGCAGGAGGUCAGAGGGCAGCAGGGUCACCGGCGGCCAUCAGCGUGGUGGCCGAGAUCCGCAUGGGAAUGAUGGGAGGAGGAGGAGCCACAGCAGGAGGAGGAGGAGCCACAGCAGGAGGUGGAGGAGGAGCAGCAGGAGGUGGAGGUGGAGGGGGGGAGAGCGUGGAGAUCAGCCCAAAUGUAGUUGCCGUAGAAAUGAAAAGUGUAGGUGGUGAUGGUAGUUUGGCCACACCCCCUCCUCAAUGUCCUCCAAUCACAGAGCCUCCAAGAGUGGAGGCGGGGCCUUCAGGUGUAAGCCCCGCCCCUCCACAGACUGACUGCCUGCCCACACAAAGUCCACCUACAGACUGGGACAGCAGCACCCAACACACACCCUCCUGAGUCACACACACACACACACACACACACACACACACACACACACACACACACACACACACACACACACACACACACAGAAGCAAGGUGUAUCCUUCAGUUGGCCGUCAUCUCAUCUGUCAGACUCUGUCAGGUUCCGUCUGAAUGUUAACAGAACACAGGAAAUGCUCCACCUGUAAGAACCUGUGUCCACCUGCAGGGGGCGCCGCGGAGGCCGAGCCUGGGCUGAACAGUCAGAUGAGCGGCGGUCAGUGGGACUUCAGAAGCUCCACAUUUCUCUGAGCUCAGAGGAAGGAAAUGUGGAACAUUUAGGAAGCAGAUGAUUGGUUCUCCUGUGGUUCUGCAGCCAGUCAGCAGCACAGAGCCUCAAUGCCAGUGCUAAUCUGCUCAC